CAGAACAAACAGCAUGAUUGCAUUUGAAAUUCACAGGCUGGAUCACAGGCUGCCGAGAGUGGUGGGUGAUUGAGGGAGUGUAUAUAUACCUGUUCCCAGUAGUACAGUAACACAGGAUUUGUCUGUUUAAAUAGGAAAGUGAUUGUUUUGGGCACAAUGCAAGGCGAGUACAAUUAGGCAUCAGGAUGUAGGUACAGUGUGAUAAGCAAUAAUUAAUAUGGUCCCUAAUGGGCAUUGUACAAGAUCUGUGCCAUACAUUUUAUUUGGGCGCUGUGAUAAAUGGUACUUAUUUUCUGUCUCAUCAGAGCCAAGCUUGGACAUGGCCUGUUAUCUGGGAAUACUCAAAGAGAGCUCUAGAGAAAGAUAGUGGCACAGCUCCAGAACAUGAGGAAAUGCGCUGGACAUAUCUUAUCUUGGUGGUGCAGUAUGUUCUUUUCAUUUUCCCAACAGUUACAGCAACUUCUAAAGUCUGCACCAAGUUUAAAGUAAGCAACUGCAAUGAAUGCAUCCAGUCUGGUCCAUUCUGUGCCUGGUGCAAGCAACCUAACUUCACCAGUGCUGGAGAGCCCGACUCAGUUCGCUGUGACACAGAUGAGGUACUGGGCAAGAGAGGCUGUAAAGAAGUGGAUAUUGUCUACCAUGAUAGUCGUUCUGUUGUGAAAGAUCGAACAAGGCUGAGUGACAGAGUACAGCUAACACCAAGAGAAAUCUCUCUCCAGUUGAGACCAGGCAAAGCUGCAGAAUUUGACGUGACAUUUAGAAGGGCUCAAGGAUAUCCAGUGGAUCUCUACUACCUGAUGGAUCUUUCCUACUCUAUGAAUGAUGAUCUUCAGAAUGUAAAGAAUUUAGGAAGCAACCUCCUGGAAGCUUUGAACAAAAUCACAACUUCAGCACAGAUAGGUUUUGGUUCAUUUGUGGAUAAAACGGUGUUACCGUUUGUGAACACACACCCAGAGAAACUGAAGAACCCAUGCCCAGAGAGGAAUGAGAAUUGUCAACCCCCAUUUGCUUUCAAACACAUUCUCAAACUCACAGAAGAUGGAAAGCAAUUUCAAGAUCAAGUUGGGAAGCAGGGCAUUUCUGGAAAUCUAGAUGCCCCAGAGGGAGGGCUUGAUGCUAUGAUGCAAGUGGCAGUUUGUGGGGAUAAAAUAGGCUGGAGAAAUGUUACAAGGCUUCUGGUAUAUGCAACUGAUGAUGGUUUCCAUAUUGCUGGAGAUGGUAAACUGGCAUCCAUUCUUAUUCCCAAUGAUGGUCAAUGUCACCUGGAGGACAACCUGUACAAAAGAAGUAACGAGUUUGAUUACCCAUCAGUUGGGCAGCUGGCCCAGAAGCUCUCAGAGAAUAACAUUCAGGCUGUGUUUGCUGUCACAUCUAAUAUGGUUCAGACAUACAGGAAUCUUAGUAAAUUAAUCCCCAAGUCGGUUGUUGGAGAGUUAUCCUCAGAUUCCAGAAAUGUUGUGCAGCUGAUCACAGAUGCUUACCAGGCUUUAUCUUCAGAGGUUAUUCUGGACCAUGGGACCACACCAGAUUUUCUAGAGAUUCUGUAUGAUUCUCUAUGCCCUGGAGAUAUAAAAGAGAACCAGCUGAAGGGCAUGUGCAGUAAUGUGAAGAUUGGGGAGGAGAUCAAAUUCAAAGUGAAAGUGACAGCCAGCAAGUGCCUCCAGGACCAGAGCUUUGCAAUUCGCCCUUUGGGAUUUACUGACACCCUGACUGUGAGCGUCAGAACUCUCUGUGACUGUGAGUGUGAUGAGACUCCUCGACCUGGAGACUGCAACUCAAAUGGAACCAUAAAGUGUGGAAUCUGCAGCUGCAAUGAAGGUUUUGUGGGGAAGAACUGUGAGUGCGUCACAGGGGGGAAAACAAGUCAGGAACUGGAGCAGAGCUGUAAGAAGGAAAAUGGUUCUGCGGUCUGUUCUGGGGCAGGGGACUGUAUCUGUGGACAGUGCACCUGCCAUACUAAUGAAGAUACUUCAAAAAAGAUCUAUGGUCAAUACUGCCAAUGCGACAACUGGAACUGUGAGCUGUUUGAGGGCAGGCUGUGUGCAGGGCAGGGAACCUGUGACUGUGGAGUCUGUAGAUGCAAUGAAGGUUAUGAAGGCAGCGCUUGUCAGUGCAAAAGAUCAACAUCGAACUGUAAGAAUGCAAAGGGGAGUGUAUGCAGUGGAAGGGGCAAAUGUGAAUGUAACAACUGUAUUUGUAAGCCAGGAUACCUCCAGCCUCACUGUGAGAGUUGCCCUGGGUGUCCAUCCCCCUGCUCAAAGUUUGGGCCCUGUGUUGAAUGCUAUAUAAAUCAAGAAGAUGGAAGCACCCAGAACUGUUCACAUCUGUGUCCUGGUGUAAAAGCUGAGAGAGUAGAAGAACUGAAACGUGAGACUGUGUGCAAGGAGAAGGACAGCAGUAACUGCUGGAUGCAGUAUGUUAUUGUCGAAGAUGAUGGAGAAGACAAAUUUACUAUUACCUACACAUUAAAGAGAGAAUGCCCCGAAGCCCCCAACUUUGUGGCAAUAGUAGGAGGUACCACAGCUGGUGUGAUAUUGAUUGGAAUGGCCUGCCUGAUCAUCUGGAAAAUUAUUACAGAAAUAAAAGACAGAAACGAGUACAACAGGUUUGAAAAGGAAAGACAAAACUGUAAAUGGAACCAGGCAAGUAAUCCUUUGUAUCAUAAAGCUACGACCACUGUACAAAAUCCCAACUUUAGUGGAGAGUGAAAGAAGAGCUUCUCACAAGAGUCCAACCAAACCUUAAUUUUUUUUUAUUUUUUUUCCUUUAAUAAGCUUAUGGCACCUUUAGAUGAACUACGACUUCCAAAACCUAACAAAAGAUUAAUUUUUGAAUGGUAGUGAUUUUGAAUUAAUUGGCAAUUUGUUGCAGUUAGCCUCAUUGUCCUACUGUUAACAGUAAAAAAUGAUACUAGAUACAUUAGUUACAGUUACUAGUUACAGUGUUAUGGUCUAGUUUUAUCCUACAAAGCAGAUUUAUGUCUAUCCUGUUGCCCCAAUCAUCUGAAUUUCUCUUUUCCCUGCAAUGCAGCUGGUUAGUACCAGAUGAAGCUUGAAGUUAAACUUGUUUUAAAGGACAUGUAAACCCCGCACACAAAAAUUUAUUCAGUGAACAGCCUCUUUGAAAUCUUUCAAUACCUGCCACUCUGGUUGUCCAGAGGUUAAUAGUAAGGCUGCAACAUUAUCUCCUUAAAGGAAAAGUAACACUAAAUUUUUUUAAGUAAAACGCUAUUCUACCCUGCACCAAUAACUG